AUGAUCGGGGAGCUCCGCCCCGUGGAGGGGCAAGAUAGUAUGGUUUCUUCUCCCCCCUCAAUCGAUAAACACGACAAAGCAGAUGUACAAAUGCAAGAUGUUAUCGAUUCAAGUACAGUGAGUACAAGAACGGGGAGUCGAACAACACGGUGGCAUUGGGAACGAUAUUUCGUCUACUUUUUGACUUUGGGGGUGGCAACUGCGCUCCUUUUCACGAUAUUUCCUAGAGUGCCAGAGGCUGUGUAUGGGCGUUUGCCUGUUUCAAAGGAAAGCAGAGAUUAUCGGGGGGGUUCUCAUAGUACCCAGCCAUCGGUGUUGCCGCCGAGUUCUGCGGUUGAACCCCAGCAGCAAAAGCAGGGUGAAGGCGGGCAAGCACCCUCAGCAGGAGGCGAGGAGGACACGACGAAAGCGACCGGAACUGAAUCUAGUCUUGAAGACCAGAUUCCCCUCUAUGACGCGUGGGGAUUGCCGAUGCUUGAUGAGUUUCUGAAUCUAGUCUUGAAGACCAGAUUCCCCUCUAUGACGCGUGGGGAUUGCCGAUGCUUGAUGAGUUUGAGAAAACGCUCACUCCAGAAGCAAGACGAGGAAAAGAGGAAAUUGCAGCAUUUCUUGCAAAGAAUAGCUUACGCGAGGAUCUAUCAGCUGAUGGAGAGGCUUUACGGGGCGGUUAUAGAUCUAUAUGUAGAAGCAGGGAGUGUUGUAAAGAAAGCGCGGGAGUACAUGGCUCGCCGUUUGCUACAAAUUGUUCUUAAAAUUCAACAAGCUGGCCUCAGCCACAACGACCUAAAAUGGGAUAAUAUGUUGCUGCGGUCAGACGGCUCUUUCGUUAUCUCUGAUCUGGGCUCAGCCCUCUCAUUCGGAAGCCCAUGCAGAAAACUCACACUUUUCACGCCGCAGUACCGGGAGCCCCAGCUAGCUUUGCGGCCAGACCCUGAGGCCUACGACGGCGGGUUCACGAUCCCUCACGCCAGCAGCGACUUGUGGUCUUUGGGGAUACUUUUGUAUGAACUGUUUACAGGCGAAACAUAUCCAUAUGGAGAAAUGAAUGUGAAAGGCGUGGAGGACCCCGAUAUGGCGCUAGCUGCAUGGCUUAUUGAUAAUGGGAUAAGGUCAUCUACUCUUAAACCCUCUCUAGAUGCUGCAAAUAUACCAACUAGGUGGCAAGAGCUUAUUAUGAGAUUGCUGGAGCCAAACAGGAGACAUAGAAUAACAUCCUGGGAAAUAAUGGAGGAAUUUCCUGACUUAGUACGAAAUCCAGAAUAA